CGCGAGCAAGGAGGAUCUCGCUCGCUGCUCGCGAGUAUCGCGCCAGGUGACGUGCUCUUGUGUGCCAGGACACGCGUGCCAGGACGACGAAGCCUGUUUACAAUCACGAGCACGACAAAUAGGAAUCGUUGAUCGACUCAGUCUGCAACGGUCGAUCUGUACGAGCACGAGUGUAUCGAAAGCGUCUUCAUUCAAGCGUCCGACGUCUCCUGCGCGUUCGUUUAAUUUGAAAGAAAAUAGUAAUCGAUGACAGUCGUGACAGUUGCGCAGGUGAUUGUUGAAAUUGUGUGUCGUGCGAGUUGAUUUGCCGGAGAGGAACAGCGAACGAGACUCUCCCCUGGAUUUCUCGAACAACUACGAGUGCAAAAUCUGAUUGAGCGUGUACGUCGAGAAUCAUCGAGAACGGCGUGAUAAGUAAAGGAAUACUUGCACUGCUGUACAAUUCGUGUACCGUAGUGAGAUGGUGCGUUUUAAGUGAGAGAGAUCGUAUUUUUCCCAGCGGAAAAGGGAAGAUCUUCGUUAGAUCGCGAACGCAGGAAGAUGAACGAUUACGCCAUACUUGUGCCGCACGAGGUGUCCUCGAGAUUGGCGCGCAGGGACUCCGGCACGAUGAGAGUGACACUUCCGGUCACCUCGUUUAGAAGGCACAGUGGUUGCGUGUCCACGUUGUCCAGGGUGAAACCGCAUCCUAAAUUGGUCUACGUCGCCGUUCCGUAAGUUUUUGGUCACCUUGAAACGUACAUGAAGCUUUCUUGAGAAACGCGAUCACACUGUCACAGUGUGAUGCAUCAUUCAGUCAGAGGGUUUUCAAAUUUUCGAAAGUUUCAUCUCAACAUUCAAACGGUCAUAAAGAACAUUCGCUGUUCAACGAGAAGUGUUAAGCAUCAGACAAUUAAAUACUGAAUUAAUUUGGGAAUGGUUAAACGUUCAGUACGGGGCGUAAAUAUAUCUUCAGUUUUUUAGUCUUGGUUGUUUCAAAAUUUUAAAAAAAAUCCCACUUUAAUUUAUUUCAUUGCCGAAACAAUACUAUAACUAAAUAAAUGAACGAUAUAUCUAAAAAGAUUAAACGAUGCAACUGAAAAAAAUUCACGUAGCCGCUGCGCUAAAUCUCGCCGAUCCUCUUAAAUCUUCUUCGAUCGCGAAUCGUUCCGUCGUGAUUAGGUUAAUUGCCCGUCGCGACUAAUUAAAGGAGAUUAUCAGUCGUUAUUUCAGGCUCAUUUCCCAAUUCUUUCGCGAGCAAAAGGCGAAGAACUCGGAUCCUUAA